CGAAUGAGAAAUUGAGGAUUUGAAUUUCGUGUCGUGAAAGGGACGAAGCAGUGACCAGCCAGAGAGACAAACUGAAACAGGGUAUGGGCCGUUUUCAGAAGGGCCAAUAGCCUUGUUUUAACUUGACACCACGCCACUCCUCUGUUCGUCCGAGUCUCCCACUUCUGCAAGCAAAUCAGCCGAGUUGGUCGUGGCGACUCGACACUUAGCUUAAGAACUCGUCCACGACUCAGAUUCCCGGAUCAUCAUUAGGCGCAAGAAUGAGACAGAAUAGUAGCCCAUUACUUUUCAUUAUCGGGAUCAAGGCUAAUAGCAGGCGGUUAUCGUUUGACUUUGGGGCACCUUCCCUGAUAAUUAAUUCCUUCCAAGGUUGUCUGCUCGUUAAGUAUGUAUAAUAAUCAUACUUAAGUUGAAAUUAUUUAUGGAUAUAUGUCAGUUGCUUCUUCCAUGUCGAUUUUGUUCCCCGGCAGCAUAUUCUCCCCAAUCACGACCUCGGAAAAGUACACAAUAACCCACCGUACCGAUAUGGUAGUCGACUUAUCUUUGUAGUGAUCAUCGUGACGUGAGAGAUUGUGUACUCAAUUCACUCGGAAUGAUGCGGUUUGUUCUUCUCUAUAGAAAGUAGUUGAACUUUGUGUUGAUGUUGGUACAGUUUAAUGUGGUGUGAUGGGAAGAGUCGUUCUCUCGUUUAAGGGAGGGAGGAAAAAAAAGCGAAUUAAAAACAAUAAUUUAACUCCAUUUAACACGUUGAUAGAAUGAUAGGUCUAAGCGUAGGCGGCGCUCACUAGCGUUGUUAGAUCAUGGCACUAGUGUUGUUGGAUCAUACAUUUACCAUGACACUAUUUUGUAAGCGAUAUCUUAUUGUGGCAUCUAAUAACUAAAAUUUACAUAAAACGUCGAAUCCAACGAUGACAACAAACGCUGACGACCGAGCCCUUCAGCAUCUUAGCCAAAUUGAUUUAGCAGCACCAUAAACAUGUACCCCACGAUUCCUUGUAAAGGAAGUAUCAUCCUCUGUUUCUGUAAUGCCCUUUUUUUCCAGAUUUACAGGGAGGAAGUUUAAAAAGGUUAAAGCAGGGCAAUCAUUCUGACCUCGGUCAUUACCAGAAAAUGGCGGGUAACUUUUUUCCUGCUUCCAUUGUCUUGACUUGAGAUGAUCCGCAAAAGCAAACUCCUAGUGGCAGCAGGGCGAGCCUUUCCGCCCAAGAAACCCAGCGGGAGAAAAGCCUUUCGCUUCCACCACGAAAACACGGCGGAAAAAAACAGAGCAACCAACAACUGAAGCGUCUCUCCCCCAUUUUUCCAGUUUCCACCUCGUCAUCAUCCCUCACACACACAAUCAACGUUGUUCCUUAAGCUCAAUCCUUCCUCUCUCUAUAAAAACCCACCACGUUUCAUCUUGUCAACAAUCCAUCACAUUUUUCUCACCAAAGUUUCGACCUUUUCCCCUAAAAAAUCAGAACUGGGUUAGCUCCAAUUUUUCGGAAAUGGAGACAGGGAAGUCGGCAGAGGAAGAGGGAAGCAACCACAGCAUUCAUCUCCAAGUGGUGGAGCUCCGCCGCCUGAGCGAAAUCUACGGCUCCUCGUCGGCCACGAUCUUCGAGCCGCAGGGGAGCGGCGUAGGAGGAGUGGAGAAGCGAGACAGCAGCACAGCCAAUUCCGUCUCCCCGACGGUCAUGAACCCGGCCGCCGCCGCGCCGGAGAAGAAGCUGACUCUGUUCGCCCUCCGCCUCGCCGUCCUCGAGAAAGCCGCCACCAGCUUGGGCACUCUAGGGUUCAUCUGGGCCACCGUCGUCCUCCUCGGAGGCUUCGCCAUCAUACUGGACAAGACCGAUUUCUGGCUGAUCACUGUUAUAUUGCUGAUCGAGGGCGCCCGGAUUUUCAGCCGGAGUCACGAGCUCGAAUGGCAGCAUCAGGCCACGUGGUCAAUCUCCGACGCCGGAGUCAACAGCUUCCGUGCGCUAAGAUCCAGCUCCCAUUUCCUCGCCGGGAUAGUCAGGACAAUUUUCCGGCCAAUUCAAAAACAGAGUCGUCGACAAAACAGAGGAACAGAGUCAAAUCCACAGAGUUCCAGUUCAGCCAGCUGGCAUCAACGGAGAAAGUCGAUUAGCCGGACGUGGACGAGCUCCGACGUUCCGAUUCUGCCUUACGGGAAAUGGGUCUUCCUCUCCAAGAACGUCAGCAAAGUCUUCUACUGGCUCCAGCUCGCAUCCGCCACGGCCUGCGUUACUCUGUCUCUCAUGAAGCUAAUCCAGCACAACUACGGCGAAGUUUCGAAAACAGACACCGAUAAACGAAACAGAAAAGCAGCUCUAACAAUCUUCUACUCCUUAGCUCUAGCAGAGGCUCUGCUCUUCCUCCUGGAAAAGGCCUACUGGGAGUGGAAAGUGAUCUACUGCAAAAUCCUCGAGCAGGUGAAUCAGGAGUGCGAAUUGGGACCCUCUGGAAUGGUUUCGAUCAAGAGAUUCUUCUACGACGCUUACUCGAGAUCGGUCAACGGAUCCAUCUUCGACGGAUUGAAAAUGGACGUCGUCUCGUUCGCCAUGGAGCUUUUGUCCUCCACUUCCCCUGACGAGCAAUUGAUUGGAGCCAGAGUGCUCCGGCAGUUUUCGAUCAGCGAGCGAUUCUCCGACGAUACUCUGCAGAAGGUCGGGGUGAACAUCUCGGUGAUCGAACGGCUCGUGGAGAUGCUGAAUUGGAAGGAUUUGCAGGAGGAAGAGAUUCGUCGAUCAGCUGCGGAGGUCCUGUCGAAGCUGGCAGGGAAGAAGCAGAAUUCGCUUCGUGUAGCGGGGAUUCCAGGAGCGAUGGAGUCGAUUUCGUCAUUGCUUCGGACGAACAGAGAGGCGAACAGACCAGCAGCCGAUGAAGUUGGGGAGAAGAAGAUUGUUUGCGAUCAUUUCGGGUACGGAUUCUGGACGUUUAACCAUUUAGGGCUUUUGAUUCUGAAGAAGCUUGCUAGGGAUCAUGACAACUGUGGUAAGAUUGGGAACACUCGAGGAUUGUUGCCGAAGAUCAUCGAUUUCACCCACGCCGGAGAAAAGCUGCUGAAGGAUGAAAACGCUGCGCUUUCGCAGAUCCUGACGGUGAAGAGAUCGCUUCAGGUGAUGAAGAUGCUGGCGAGCACAACGGGCGCUACAGGAAAACAACUGAGGAAGGAGAUAUCGGAGGUGGUUUUCACGAUCAGCAACAUUAGAGACAUCUUGCGGCACGGCGGGAAGCAUCCGAUGCUGCAGAAGUUGAGCAUCGAAAUCCUGACUAGCUUGGCGCAGGAAGAGGAGGCGACGGAGAGGAUCGGUGGGACCGGUGGCAUCCUGAAGGAACUGUUCAACAUUUUCUUCGAGCGAGAUGGGCCCGGGUCGAUUCAGAGUCAUGUCAGGAUUGCAGCAGGGGAAGCUCUGGCGAUGUUGGCUUUGGAGAGCAGGAGCAAUUGUCACAGGAUUCUGAAGCUGAAGGUGCUCAGCGAACUCGUUGCGGCGCUCGAGGUUCCUGUGCUCAGAGUGAAUGCUGGCAGGAUCCUGAGGAACUUGUGCAUCUAUAGCGGAGGGGAUAGCUUUGAUCAGUUGAAGGAUGUCACUGCUUGUGCUCCCACGGUGCUGAAAGCAAUCACAUCAGAAGACAAGAAACUGCAGGAGGUAAUGGUGGGACUAGCAGCAGAAGCAUUCAAGUUCAUGACCCCUCAGGAAUCGGCCUUGAUGUUUCAGAGAGCAGGAAUGACGAAUGUUCAAUUGGCGACGAUAAUCGUAACAACGUUGCGAAAGUACGAAGAUCCACCAACAAAGGUUCCCAGAAUAAGGAGGUUCUGCAUUGAGCUGGCGAUUUGGAUGAUGAGGGAAAACAGGAGAAAUGCUGAGGUGUUUAGAGAGCUUGGAUUUGAGAAGGAUUUGGAAUGUGUAUUGGAAACUACUUCGGAACUCGAGAGCUUCAACAUAUUCUCUGGUACGGUAGGAAUGAGCCGUCACAGCGUAAGCAUUCACUCGUUGGUGGAAACUGCGAUGGAGUUGCUCGUGGCACGAUAAAACGUUGAUGGUGGAGACUCUGUAAAUAGAUAUUGAACGAAUUCUCAGCCAAAUCAUGGAGAUUCUUUUCCCCUCUGGAAUAAUGAUCAAUUUGUUAC